AUACUUACAGAGUUACAGUCAAGGCUCCACUGCCCAAUCGAGCCUUAACCCUAACGCCGCAACUCCGGCGAUCUGCCGUCCGAAUAAACCGAUGGAUAAAAACGUCUCCUUUGAAUCGAUUAUCUCCCUCCUUUUCCUCAUACUUUUCUCCUCCGCCGUCAUCGCGGCGAACAGUAACUACCAAUCAACCUACAUCGUCCACGUGUCACCAUCACUCCGGCCACCAAGUUCCCCGUCGUCCUCCCACUGGUAUUCUUCCACUCUCCGCUCCCUCCCACAGUACCCAACCCCGGAGAUCCUCUACACCUAUGAGCUCGUCGCAGCAGGCUUCUCAGCCCGCCUAUCCACUACCCAGGCUGCCGCCCUCCGCCGGCUCCCCCAUAUCCUCUCUGUCGUGCACGACCGCCCUCGCUCUCUCCACACCACCCACACACCCUCCUUCCUCAACCUCUCGCCCUCCUCCGGCAUCUGGCCUUUCUCCUCCUACGCCUCUUCCGUCGUCAUCGCCCUCCUCGACACCGGCAUCUCCCCUUCCUCUGCUUCUUUCCUCGCCGAUCCCACCCUCCCCUCUCCCCCCUCCACUUUCCACUCCUCUUGCGCCUUCCCCAAUUCCUCCCUAUGCAACAACAAGCUGAUCUCCGCAAAAUUCUUCUGCAAGGGCUAUGAGGCCGCCCUCGGUCAUCCCAUCGAUGAGACCCUCGAGUCCCGAUCACCGUUAGACACCGAAGGCCACGGCAGCCACACCGCUUCUACCGCUGCCGGCGCCGUCGUCUCCGACGCCAGCUUAUUCGGCUAUGCCCGCGGAGAAGCUCGCGGAAUCGCCACUAACGCCCACAUCGCCGUGUACAAGAUUUGCUGGGCACCUGGUUGCUUCGACUCUGACAUUCUUGCUGCCAUGGACGCCGCCGUUGCGGACGGCGCUAACGUCAUCUCACUGUCCGUUGGCUCAAACGGCUAUGCCCCGGCGUAUUACCGCGACUCGAUAGCCGUUGGCGCCUUCGGCGCAGCCCGUCACGGCGUUGUAGUGUCCUGCUCCGCAGGCAACUCCGGCCCCUAUUCCUACACCGCGGUAAACAUCGCGCCGUGGAUUAUAACCGUCGGGGCUUCGAGCCUCGAUCGCGAAUUCCCCGCCGAUGUUGUCCUUGGCGACGGGAAUGUUUAUAAAGGAGUAUCCCUCUACUCCGGUGACGAUAAUAUCACCGUCGUAGGUUUACCCCUCGUGUACGCCGGCGACCUGGGGUCUCGGCUAUGCCUUUCUGGGUAUCUGGAUUCAUCAAAAGCAGCCGGCAAGAUCGUACUUUGCGAACGCGGCGGCAACGCACGCGUGGAAAAGGGAAGCGCAGUCAAGAUCGCCGGCGGUGCCGGCAUGAUCCUUGCAAAUAGUGACGACUAUGGCGACGAGCUUACCGCGGAUUCUCACCUCAUCCCCGCAACCAUGGUCGGAGCUUUCGCCGGUGACAAGAUCCGCACUUACAUAAGCACGGCGUCAUCUCCGACCGCCACCAUUGUUUUCCGGGGAACGGUCAUUGGCAGCGACCCUCCGGCACCAAAGGUGGCGUCUUUCUCAAGCCGCGGCCCCAACUACCGUACACCGGAGAUUCUGAAACCCGAUGUGAUCGCACCAGGCAUCAACAUAUUAGCAGCGUGGACCGACGCGGCCAGCCCAACGAACCUUGACAACGACCCGAGGAGAGUCGCAUACAACAUAAUCUCAGGGACUUCCAUGUCCUGCCCGCACGUCUCCGGCGUCGCAGCGCUCCUCCGCGGCGCCCAUCCGGAUUGGAGCCCUGCGGCCAUUAAAUCCGCUCUCAUCACCACAGCCUACAACCUCGACAACUCCGGCAAUACCAUCAAGGAUCUCUCCACCGCCGAGGAGUCAACGCCAUUCGUCCGCGGCGCCGGCCAUGUGGAUCCCAACAAAGCCCUGGACCCUGGCUUGGUCUACGACGCCGGCUUUGAGGACUACAUUGCUUUCCUCUGCUCCAUUGGUUACAGCUCGAGCCAGAUUGCGGUGUUCACAAGGGAUGAAACUAGCGUGGAUUGUUCCUCAAAGGCCUUAUCGAAUCCUGGAGCACUCAACUACGCAUCGUUUUCUGUCGUUUUCUCGAAUAUCAGAGAUGUGAUUACUUACAGUAGAACAGUGAAGAACGUCGGCUUGGGAUAUUCUAGUUCUGUGAAAUAUAAGGUGGAGGUUGCUAGCCCGGCGGGAGUGAGUGUGAAGGUGACGCCGAGCGAGCUGGUGUUUGAUCUUGUGAACUCGAGCUUGUCUUAUGAGAUAACGUUUGCUUCCACGGCUGGAUCUGAAGCGGAGGGUUCUAAUCAGUUUGGCUGGAUUUCUUGGAAUGAUGGAGUUCAUGAGGUGAGGAGCCCCAUCGCCGUUACUUGGCGCCAUAGCUAUGUUUCAUCUGAGUGAGUUCUGUAAGAUCAGCGCCAUGGUUGCAGGACUACUACCAAUUGCGUAUUUGAAUAUUGUACUUUACCUUAAACGCCGACUAUGUAUGCUGUACUCUUUGUAGCUCUUACUAAGCUUAUUAUAAUAGGAUUUCUCAGCAUGGGCAGAAGGAAAAUGUGUUGGGUUUGCUGCCCAUCCGCAGAAAUAGAUUGUGGAAGGUAUGCUCCAUUAAUCUGUGAUCUAUUAAGAAGAAAUUUAUAAGAAAGGGAGCAUUGUAUAAUUUCUUUGCCAAAUUCUAUACUCUUGCUAUUACCAUAUUAUCAUAUGUAAUAAAGAUCUUGUAAUUAUAGUAUUGGAAAUUUUGAAUUGGAUUGCAUCAAUUUCUAUGUU